AAACUUUAGAAGUGUCCUUAACGAAGAGCAUAUCGGAAAUUUCUCAUUCUGAUUUCUCGUAUCUGGCAAAAAAUUUCACCAGUAUACAUUCACUUGAUUUACAUUUCGAACCAAUCGAUAACUGAAAAGUAAUCCAACAAUUGCUGGGGUUUCAACUUCAAAUAGCGAGUCAGCUUCCGUAUCCAGUCUUGUAUAUACAUAGUUCAAUUCAUCAAUGGUAGUAACUUUGCCGGAAGGCUACAGCUUUCGUGCUCUCGAGCUUCUGGACUACGCCAAAUAUAUAGAAACCUUGAAGGUGUUGACCACAGUGGGAGAAAUUUCUCUGGAAUCAUUUGCUGAACUUUUCAACCAUUGGAAGGAACAUCCUCAUAUUUACCAGCCUCAUGUCAUAGCCAAUACCGAGGGUUUAGUCGUGGCCACAGGAAUGUUGUUGGUAGAAAGAAAAUUGAUCCAUGAAUGUGGAAAAGUAGGUCACAUUGAAGAUAUCUCGGUUGCAGGCUCUGAACAAGGCAAGAAAUUGGGUUUGUCCAUGAUCACCGGCUUGACUGAAUUGGCCGAAAAACAAGGUUGCUACAAGGUCAUCUUGGACUGUUCUCCACACAACGUUGGUUUCUACGAAAAGUGUGGCUACGCAAACAGUGGUGUAGAGAUGGUCAAGAGAUUCUCUUGACAAAGUCAUCAAUAAAAUGAUUUAUAGUUAUUUAUUCAAUUAUACAUAUUAUACAAUGUCAAAUAGAACCAUAUAGAUUCUAGAUCUUC